AUGAAUACACAGGAAACACCUGAUUUAAUUAUAACACAUUGUUGUAUCGGAAUGUCGGACGAAGCAUUAGCUCGUUUACCAUCACGUGAUAACAUUAAACGUCGCAUUAGAGUGUUACGUCAAGAUAAAAAGCUUCCAUCAGCCUCAAAUGAUCCUAAUUUUCCAAAUGUUCCAACAGCUUUAACCGUAACAUCUCGUGGUGAUAAAUUUUUACGUUGUGAUACUGAACCAGGCAAUGCCACCAUACAAUUAUAUCGGAUGUUAAUAUUUGCCAGUUCUGAACAAUUAGAUAUUUUACAAUCAUGUGAUUAUUUUCUUGUUGAUGAUACAUUUAAAGUUGUUCCUGAGAUUUUUUAUCAAUUAUAUGUUGUACAUGCCAUUUAUCGUGGACAUGUUGUACCAGUUGUCUAUUCAUUACUUAGUCGUAAAAAUAGUGAUAUAUAUCAACGUCUUAUAAAUGCAACAGUAGAAUUUGCUCCAUGCUGGUUUCCUGGUUCUAUUUUACUUGAUCUCGAAAAGGCAUGUUAUCAGAAUCGUUAUCAAGAAGAUGUGAAAUUUGCUCAUAAUAUUAAUAAAAUAGUUGCGUUAGCUUUUAUUCCACUUUGUGAUAUCUUACAUGCAUAUCCACGUCUUGCAUUAGAUUAUGAUGAUGAUUGCCAAGAUAUUUUAAAUUAUUUUGAAGAUACAUAUAUAGGACGACUUCGCCCUAACAAUACACGACGUCAACCAACAUUUAGUAUUGAAUUUUGGAAUAUGUAUAAAAGGACAACACAAUUAUUCAUGUGUACAAAUAAUUCUGUAGAAGCAUGGCAUCGUCGUAUAGAAUGUGUAUUUGAAUGCGCAUAUCCUACGCUUUGGUCAUUUUUACAAAAACUAAUUCAUGAAGAAUAUGCAGCACAUGCUGAUAUUGUUCAUAUAAAUAGUGGUGAAGCACCAAAACAUAAAAGUAAAACAAAUGAACGGUUUGAACGACGCCUUUUAAAUCUUUUAUUGCAUCCACAUGAUGAUAUUCUUAUGCAACUAAAUAAUAUUGCACAUAAUAUUUGCUUAUAA